UGGGGCCGUGACCCUGCAGGGGGUCACUCUGUGGGGCUGUGACCCUGCAGGGGGUCACUCUGUGGGGCUGUGACCCCGCAGGGGCUCACUCUGUGGGGCUGUGACCCCGCAGGGGCUCACUCUGUGGUGGGUGGUCAUUCUGUGGGAGUUGUUGCCCUACAGAGGGUUACCCUGCGGGGAGGGUCACACUAUAGGGAGUCACUCUGUGUGUGUAGGUCAUCCUAUAGGGGGUCACCCUGUGGGAGGGCGUGCUACCGCAUAGGGCAUCACCCUGUGAUGAUGUCAUCCUGUAGGGGGUCAUUCUGUGUGUGUAUCCCAUUACAGCUACUCCCUGCAGUCGAUCCCAUCACAGUCGAUCCCAUUACAGCUGAGCCUAUUCCGGUUUCUCCCUAUGGCAGGAAAAUGUCCCCGAGCCCCGUGGGACCCCGGCACUCCGAGACCCUGGGGGUCGGCAAAGCCAUCGCCGUCCUCACCUCCGGGGGAGACGCGCAGGGGAUGAAUGCGGCCGUGCGCGCCGUGGUGCGCGUGGGGAUCUACACCGGGGCCAGGGUGUUCUACGUGUAUGAGGGCUACCAGGGGCUCGUGGACGGCGGCGAGCACAUCAAGGAGGCCACGUGGGAGAGCGUGUCCAUGAUGCUGCAGCUGGGCGGCACGGUGAUCGGCAGCGCGCGCUGCCAGGAUUUCCGCACGCGCGAAGGACGGCUCCGCGCCGCGCGGAACUUGGUCAAGCGCGGCAUCACCAACCUGUGCGUGAUCGGCGGCGACGGCAGCCUCACCGGCGCCGACACCUUCCGCGCCGAGUGGGGCGGGCUCCUGGCAGAUUUGGUGAAAACCGGUGGCAUCACGGCAGAGGAGGCUCAGCGCUCGAGCCACCUGAACAUCGUGGGCAUGGUGGGCUCCAUUGACAACGACUUCUGCGGCACUGACAUGACCAUCGGUACCGACUCGGCGCUGCACCGCAUCAUGGAGAUCGUGGACGCCAUCACCACCACGGCGCAGAGCCACCAGAGGACUUUUGUGCUGGAGGUGAUGGGGCGGCACUGCGGGUACCUGGCACUGAUCACAGCCCUGGCCUGCGGCGCCGAUUGGGUUUUCAUCCCCGAGUCACCCCCUGAGGACGACUGGGAGGAGCACCUGUGCAGGAGGCUGGCUGAGACCCGUGAUGGCGGCUCCAGGCUCAACAUCAUCAUCGUGGCCGAGGGCGCCAUCGACAAGCAGGGCAAGCCCAUCACCUCGGAUGAGAUCAAGGCCCUGGUGGUGAAACGUCUGGGGUAUGACACAAGGGUGACCAUCCUAGGCCACGUCCAGCGCGGGGGGACCCCCUCAGCUUUUGACCGCAUCCUGGCCAGCAGGAUGGGUGUGGAGGCUGUGAUGGCGCUGCUGGAGGCGACACCGGACACACCGGCCUGUGUGGUCAGUCUGUCCGGCAACCAGGCUGUGCGCCUGCCCCUCAUGGAGUGCGUCCAGGUGACCAAGGACGUCACCACAGCCAUGAACGAGGGACGCUUCGAGGAUGCGUUGAAGCUGCGGGGCCGGAGCUUCCAGAACAACUGGAACGUCUACAAGCUGCUGGCUCACAUCCGCCCGCCUGCCACCAAGAGCGGGUACACGGUGGCCGUGAUGAACGUGGGCGCUCCGGCAGCGGGGAUGAACGCGGCCGUGCGGUCGACUGUGAGGAUCGGCCUCAUCCACGGACACCGCAUGCUCGCUGUGCACGAUGGCUUUGAGGGGCUGGCCUUUGGGAUGGUGGAGGAGAUUGGCUGGAAUACCGUGGGCGGCUGGACAGGGCUGGGAGGAUCUAAACUGGGCACCAAGAGGACUCUGCCCAAGAAAUAUUUCGAGGAGAUCAGCACCAACAUCAGCAAAUUUGGGAUCCACGGGCUCAUAAUCAUCGGCGGCUUUGAGGCGUUCGUGGGUGGCCUGGAGCUGGUGGAGGGCCGGGCACGCUUUGAGGAGCUCUGCAUCCCCCUGUGCAUCGUCCCAGCCACCGUCUCCAACAACGUCCCCGGCUCUGACUUCAGCAUUGGCGCCGACACCUCCCUCAACACCAUCACCAAUACGUGUGACCUGAUCAAGCAGUCGGCUGCAGGCACCAAGCGCCGUGUGUUCAUCAUCGAGACCAUGGGUGGCUUCUGUGGCUACCUGGCCACCAUGGCCGGGCUGGCGGCUGGCGCCGACGCCGCCUACAUCUUCGAGGAGCCCUUCAGCAGCCGCGACCUGCAGGCCAACGUGGACCACCUGACAGAGAAGAUGAAAACCUCGGUGAAAAGGGGGCUUGUGCUCAGGAACGAGCGCUGCAAUGAGAACUACACCACAGAUUUCAUCUACAACCUCUACUCCGAGGAGGGCAAAGGGGUCUUUGACUGCCGGAAAAAUGUCCUGGGGCACAUGCAGCAGGGAGGCAGUCCCACCCCUUUCGACCGUAAUUUCGGCACCAAGAUGGGCGCCAAGGCUGUGGCCUGGAUCACCGGGAAGAUCAAGGAGUGCUCCCGGCAUGGCCGGAUCUUUGCCAACACGGCCGACUCGGCGUGCCUGCUGGGGAUGCGCAAGCGCAGCCUGAUGUUCCAGCCCAUCACUGAGCUGCGCCAGCAGACGGAUUUCGAGCACCGCAUCCCCAAGGAGCAGUGGUGGCUGAAGCUGCGGCCCAUCCUCAAAGUCCUGGCCAAGUACAACAUCGAGCUGGACACGUCGGAGACGGCGCAUCUGGAGCACCUGACCCGCAAGGUCCUGGUCCCUGAAGCCACCGUGUGACAGGAACAGUGGCCACUGCCAGCCCUGAGAAACCCCAAAAAUCCCUGUUUCCCACAGCCUUUUGAGGCUUUUCAGGGAUUUUAUGGGACUUUGAGAAGUGGUCAAGCAAUGGCAUGAUGAGUUGAUGGGUGGUGGAGGUUGAGGUUUUUAGGGUUAAGAGUCACAAAAUGGAGAUAUUUCAAUAAAUUCAGUGCUUAUCCAAGUGCUCCAGGUCUCUGUAAAUCCAUGGAAAGGCAAACCUGGAUUGCACUCCCCCCAAAUCCCUCCUGCUCCUCAGGAUUUCACUGCCCAGCAUAACAAAGAGGGAUAAAAGAGGUGGAAUUUCAGCAUUCGUCCCCAAGUUCCUCCCAGAAAAUAACAAGAGUUUUUAGCUGCUUGGUUUCACCUUGGAGAGCUGCUCUUCCAUUGGACCCUGGAACAGAUCCCCAAAAACCCCCCAAACCAACACCAAAGAGUGAAUUCCUGGUGGGAAACCUCAGGAAGAGCUUGAGGAGGUGGGAAAGAAGCCCUCAGCUCCAUGUGGAGCUCUCUGGAGAAAAUUUCCUUGGCCCACAAGAAUUCCAGUCCUGCAAAAGUUCAGAUCCAAACCUGGAUUUUUGAUUUUCAGCCAACACAUCCCACAGAAAUUCUCUGCAUCCCAACCUGGCCAGGGUCCUUCCUCAAAAGACAAUUUUCCUUUAAAUCCUUCCUUUCCCAA